CAACCAGCAGUGUGUGUGAUGGGAUUAUGUCAAGAAGGACAACAAACAUCCUCAGGCAAGCAACACGACCAGCAGGCAUGGACUUCAAUGGCACUUGGAAAGUUUAUUCUGAGGAAAACCUUGAGGAGUUCUUAAAAGUAGUAGGUGCACCUCAAAUGGUUGUCAAAAUGCGAAAGGAAGUCAAACCGGUGUUAGUGAUUGAGCAGAACGGCAAAGACUUUACCUACACAAUGAAAACUCCCAUCUGCACCAAAGUCCACUCAUUCAGCAUCGGAAAGGAGUCAGAGAUGACUACUGUGGAUGGCAGGAAGUUUAAGUGCACUGUCAGAGAGGAGAAUGGGAAGCUGAUUGCUGAGACCGAUAAGUUCACCUCUGUCCGAGAGAUCCAAGGGGACGACAUGGUUGAGACUGUCAUUUGUGGCUCUGUGACUUUCGUCAGCAGAAGCAAACGAGUGUGAUCAACACCAGGCAGCGAAAGGAUCCCUCUCAAGACCUUCUCAGCUUCCAGCAGGGGACCAUCUGGAAAUAACACAAUAAAAAAAAGCUUAAUACACUUAUGAAUAAAUUUGAAUGAUUAAAUAAA